GACCAGCAAAUGUAACCAGAAGUUCAAUGUGCUUCUGCUCCAAGGCAAAAGCACCACCUCUGGGUGAGUGGACCCUUGUUCCUGACUGCUUUUCUCCCCCAACCACACCCCCUUUCAGCCCCAAUAAAACGAUGCAGAGCUAUUUUAUGGAACUGGAGAAGUGCAUCGGGAAAGGCUGCUGACGGACAGUGAUGGAAAAGACCUUACGGAGCUGCCUGCCCUGUCUGCGGGCGCUCUGGGACCGUCUUUGGCCCGAGCCUCCGGCCGCAAACUCCCCUCCAGCUCGGCGUCAGAUCGCUGUCAUCUCGGGCCCCUUGGUGGACCCCAAACCCUCCGCCUUAAACCCAACCCCAGUGGCGCCUCGCAAACUAGGACCUGUCUACACCGCUCUGUACGAUUUCCAGGCCAGGUCGCCAGAAGAGCUGUCGCUGAAACAGGGCGAGAAACUGAGAGUCAUCCGAGAUGAAGGGGACUAUCUGUUUGCACGGAAAGCCGCCGGUUCCGCCGAGGGCUUGGUUCCCACCAACUAUGUGAAAGUCAUUGAGAACUUUGCAAAUGAACCGCUGCUGGAGAUGAGGAAAGAGGCAGAAGGACUGGAACAUGGUUGGCAUUGGAACAGAUACAUGAUGCCCUUCUGCAUCCACCAAAGUGAUGAAGGAGCAUCAUUAACAACAACUCACCAUCUAUACAUAGCUAGUCAAGUGGCUGAUGGAAUGGCUUAUUUAGAACACCAUAAAUUUAUCCACCGGGAUUUGGCUGCAAGAAAUGUACUGGUUGGAGAAGAGCUCAACUGUAAAGUUGCAGACUUUGGAUUAGCAAGAUUAAUCCGGGAUGACGUAUAUCAUCUCCGUUCUGGGACCAAAAUGCCUAUAAAAUGGACAGCACCAGAGGCUGCAAACUACCAGAGAUUUUCAAUAAAAUCAGAUGUAUGGUCUUUCGGUAUUCUUCUGUACGAAAUAGUGACAUAUGGCAAAGAUCCUUAUGAGCGAAUGACAAACACAGAAGCCAUGGAUCAAAUAAACCGUGGAUAUAGAAUGCCUUGUCCAAAAAACUGUACCCAAGACAUAUACGGAAUAAUGCUUAGGUGCUGGAAUGAGUCUGAGGAGAGCCGACCCUCAUUUAAUACUCUUUCUGAUGAACUGAAUUCAUUGUAUGCUUUAUAUUAUUACAAAAACUAAGACCAAGCUCAGCAAGGACGCAACAGAUAUUGCUGCUACUGGUGUAAUGCUGGAUGGAACUGCAUUUGAAUCAAUUCUUAAAACAAUAUUUUGUGCAAUGGACUUUUUACAACUUUUAUUACAAUAGCAUACAUAAGUGAAAUAAUUACCUCAAAAAUACAAUUGGUAAAAUGGGGAAAAAGAUUUAGAGCACUGGUAUGAUAUUCUUCUGUGCAAUAUUUCAACAGGGCUGUUAAUAAACAGGAAAUGCCAGCAGAGAAAGGAACAUUGUACAAAUGUAUUGUGCUUGUCAAACAGUAAGCUUAGUAUACUGCCAGUAAAUAUUAAGCACUGAAAGGACAGUGAUUGAAAGCAAAAAAAAACAGCAAAUUUAUAUCUAGAAUCUAAAAACUCUUUAAAGAGAAUAAAAUUUUAACAAACAUCAUUGUGUAACAUCUCUUAACAAUCUGUUCCACAGCACAGCUAUUCCGGUAUCAUAAAAACACUUUCGGCUUUCCUGUACAAUGUCUACUUCCUUAAAGUUAUAUUAGGUUAGAAAUUAUUCUUAAGAACAUUAAUGAGCAAACUAUGUGUUGGAUAUCUUAGCACAGAUGGUAUUCUAUUUAUAAAAAAAAGGCAGCAUUUCUGCUCAAACAGAGAACAAAAGAUUGUGAUCCAAACUGUAACUUCCAAGCUUUAACAACCUGAAAAUAGUUUUACUUUUAUAACUAAAUAUAGCAAUACUGUUGAAAGCAUCAAACAAGCUUAAACAUUGACUUCAUGUCUCUUUUUUGGCAACAUUCAAAAUGCCUUCUUCAUUGCAACCAAUUCAAUCAGCAGAUGGAAAUGCAGAUUCCAGGCAGUUGUAACUUUUUGGAGCCUGCUAAAGGAAGCUUAAGACUUGUAAAUAAUUUCUAAACAAGAAAAUUAAGAAUCCAUUAAAAUACUCGCUUUUUGUACUGCAUUCAUUUUCUUUUGCAUGUAUUUACUCAGAUGUAACUGACAUAUUGACGUAGAGGAUGUUCAUUCUUCAUAACUUCAAAUAGACCAAACUUGUAUAAAGUAGGCUGUCAAGGUAAAUUCUGUACUCUGCUCCCAGCUUGGAGUCUCAUUUAUCAAUAGCAUCACUUCAAGAAAGAGCUGGAAUACAACAGAGAAAGUUCUACAUUUAGCACAAUCCAUGGCAGGAGCAGUGUCUCACAAAAUACUAAUUUUCUAUUAACAGUCUUAGCCUAAUUUUAUACAAAAGUAUUGAUGCACUUCCUCCACUGACUGGGAGCAGGACAGUAGUAUGCUGAAAAUCAAUGUACUGAAUUUAAUGUCCCAUUCCCAAUUCACUCCAUACCGUAACAACCAUGGGAGUGGGAUCAGGUCAAACAACUCCCUGAGCUUACUCUGCCAUUCAACAUCAUGGUUGAUCUCCUACCUCAAUGUUUUAGGUGGGCAGCUCAUUAUGACAUGCAAAUCAAACUCCAAGGAUGUGGAGUUUGCACCUUAAUGCACUUUCCAAUGAGGAAGACUAGAGUUUGCAUCACCCUGAUUCUCCAUUUGUUUGUAUUUGGCACAGAGUACCCUAUAAGUAUCUUCUGAAUGGAUUCCAGCAAACCACUCUGGAAGUAUAUUGAUGAGCAUUCAGAAUGUUUAUUUUUGCAAAACUGAGGAAGACCACUCUGGACUUUUCAAUGCCCCACCCUUGACUAGUUGUCUCAUCCCCCUUUGUUUUGACUUCCAGCUCAACUCCAAAGAGGAGUUGUUAGAUUUUCCUUCUCCAAUAGUUGACUGAUUGGUCAGUUGCCUUUGAAUGCUGAUUCUGUGCUCAAUAAUCAGAAGCAAACAAAGCUUGAUCACCAACAAGACUGGGGCCUCCCACUGGGUAUAUCAAGUGAUCGUUUACAUACAUGGUAUGUCUAUGUCUACCAAAAAUGAAAAUUGGGCCCAAUAUUAUGAUAUUUCUACCUCUGCCACUGGUACCUCUCAGACCAUCACAACAGAUUUUAUUACAAAUCAUUCCUUGCUCUGAAUACUUAUUCCUUUGCCUCUUAUUUCUCCUUUAAGAACCUUGUCUUAUUCUACCUCUCUCCCCUCCCCUUUAAUGUCUUCACUUUGCUGUGCACCUAAAUUGCCAUAUUAAAAAAAACUGUUCCUUAGACACCAAUAACAACUGUCCCCCAGCCAGAUUAUUCACAAACUAGGUUUCAUACUUAACUUUCUCUUUCUUCGUUUUUCUAUCUCCCCAUAGCCUCAACGUUCCCAAUCUCUGCUCCUUCAUCUCUGAAACCUGACAUAUCUGCAGUUACCAUGGUGUAUUCAGCUGUUAGGCACUGAACUUUGGAAUUUGGUCCCUAAAACCCUUGCCUUUCCUCCUUUGAUAAUAUCCUUAAAAUUCAAGAUUUAAGCAAGCUAUUGGUCAUCUACCGUAAAAUCUCCUUAUCUCUUUAAUAUCAGAGCCAAAUGUUAUUUGAUAACACUUCUGUGAAGAACUUUUGAGCAUUCUAUGGCAUUAAAGAUAAUGACAUGCAUCCACCUUGUUAUGUUUGGAGGAUUAGUUAUCUGUUUCAUUCAAAACAGUGCCAAAACUCCCAAAUUUCAAAGGGAGUUUGUGCUAAGUAAAUGCCAAAAAAAGUUGCUAGAUCAGAAUAACUAAAGAUAACAUUCAGUGAGUAAUACUGUCCAAACUUGUUCAUGAUUACAUUCAUAAAUUCUAUACUUCACUUAAAAUGCACUUGGCGUGAUCUACAAUGUAUGGCACCUUCAUCUCAGAAAUUUGCAGCUAUCAAGGCUGAUUCAAUAACGUGAAAUAAUCCUGAUGCAUAUGAGAUCAUUGCUUAGUUACUAGUAGGAGGUUACUUGAUAGAAUUUGGGAACCACAUAAUAGUGAACAACUGUUUUGCUGAACAAUAUUGUGUUAUUUCAUAAAUACUAAUAAGACAUCGUAUGGGUUCAACAUGAGUAGUUCUUGAUAAGCAGGCAUCCAUUUAGAUGAUGAUGAAAGCAUUAUUUUCUUGUAAAAUAUUUUAAAUGCUGAUAUUAAAUUUGAACUUAAUUUGAAAUGGAAAAAUACUCAUGUCAUUGCAUUUGUUAUUCCUUUCCAGAGUUUGAGUUCCUGGCAGGGAGUCUCACUUUGUGUUGUAGAAAUGAGGUCUUGCCUUUGAUCCCUGAAAUUUCAUUUGAAACUUGGUGAAAACAAUCUUCUCCCCUCCCCCACGCCUCUACAAACUGUACUCACAUUAAAAUAGCUCAUAAGUAAACCAUAAAAAGAACUUAAUUUGCUGCAUUCAUGAUUUGACAACUAAUCAAUUGCAUGUUUAAAGGAGAGACAGAUUAUAAAUUAUUAUUGGCAUUAUUAAUGGGAAGGCAUUUGACUCGUCGAUAUGAGAUUACUCAAUCUGCUAUUUAACAAAGAUGUUAACUGAAUUAUUUUAAAAUGUCUCGCUAAUGGGAGUAAUUUUCACCUCCAAAAUGGAUUGGAUGAGAAGUUGUAAUUUUUAAAAUUUCAAACCCACCUGUUUGUUUUAAGAGACAGGGUGU